UGAUAUGGUCACAUGGUGGAUGUUGUUGCGGCCAUUCACACACAGCCUGCCACAGCUUGUGAGACGCAUGACUGGGGUAAAUUCGAAAGUACGAGGAACGCUGAACGCUUUCGGCUCGUCACUGUUCGUGGUAGCCGUUACGUAAAAUGUAUGCCCUUGUUCGAUGCCUGAACACGUUCAAGGGAGGAUUACACACCGUUGCUGUGCGUGACAUACAAAAUUUCCAUCCAAGACAUGAUGCAGAUUUCAACAACAAGACCGUUUAUAAGGUGCCCUGGAAACGCGGUGACAAAUCUGGCGUCUAUCGUGUUCAGGUUCUCAUGAUGGCUGCAAACAAGGCCGAGCUAAUCCUCAAGCAGAAAAACAAGAGAGUGUUGAUGCCGAAGCUAAACACGUCAGCAUGUGACGGAAGUCCGGAAGCGGUGCUAACGGAGAAACAGCUGAAGAGAAAGGAGGAGAAAAGUAGGAGGAAGAACGAAUGUGAAUCAAGGAAGAAAAUGUAUUCGAGCAUUCUGAAAAAACACAUUGCAAAAAUGAAGAGUGAGAACCAGGCAGCUGAUAGCUAUGAUGCUGCAACAGAGCAGGAGCUCUCAGAAUGUGAGGUGGAUGAGACACCAUUUGGAAAUGCAAAUGCCAUUGAGACAGCGGUCUUGCAGUGCUCACCACGCACAAAGGGUUGCGCUCAAACUGGGGAGGAGGCUGCUUCUCUGCUGACCAUAUCAAAGGCUGUGGAAGACUGUCAAGGAAAGCUUGCUAUAGUUGAGGAAAAACUUGACAAGGUGCUUGAGGAACUGCACAGCUGGAGCAGGAUUGAUCAUAUUCCAGCACAUCUUGCACUUACAAAUGAAUGCCUUGGCAGGAAAGCAGAUGAUCAUGACUUGGCAGUGCUGAAGAAAGCUCCGGAGCCCAGCUGGAGUCCAGCGUCAGGGCUGUCUCUUGAUGAUCAGGCAACUCUGUUCUCAACACCACAAGAACGAGUAUCUCAUCGCAUGGAGAGCCACGUCCCAUUCACAGCAAGCACACCAGAGGUCAAUGAGCUGCAUAGUGCCGAGACAGAGCUGGAGCCACCACCACCUCUCUCUGAUCUCAAACCUUUCUCAUUGCUCGACAGUAAUCGUUUUCACCUCAAAGAUGGUGUAGUGGUGUCGGCCAACCUUCUCGACAGGCUGCACAAAUUAAAAGAACCACGGAAGGUAAUCCGAGAGACCGCACAAGCAAUCUGGGGAAACGAAGAUCUCCUGGAAAGAACAGUUGGCGGAAGGCUUGCCCCGAAAGACAGGAAGAACGUCGACAAGUUGGCACGCAGAGGCCUUACACCACAGAAAGUUGACGCCAUUGCUGCAACUGUGAGGUACUGGGCAGGCCUCCACAAAGACCUGGUAACUGAGAAGGAAAUGGACAUCCGUGGGACCUUGAACCAGAUGUCGACAAUAUUGUCAAUGAAGAUUCAGGAUGUCAGGAAGACAGCCAAGCGUAAACUUAAAGUGUGACUAAAGUGUGACUUUGAAACGUGCCCGGGGGAACUAAAAACAGCACCGUGUAGUGUCUACUGAGCAAAUAGUGCUCACGUGUGUGUGAAAUUCUUUAUUAAAGGCGUUGCGACACUUGC